ACUUCGCUUCCUGCACAACAGACGUUCAGACGUAAUGCGUGGGACGUCUAGCAGCAGGGUCGGCACGUUCAUAUCUACCUCCCUCGUCGCGACAAAGCGUCCAAGUGCGCUCUGCUCAAGACGUCCACCAUCCGUCGCCCGUCUACUACACUAACGUACCAAUGCCUCUCGCAUUACGCCUCCGCAUCCCAACGACGAACGCAGUGCGUCGUGCAGGGCUAGCUCGACCCGCGCUGCUACCGGCGCGCCCGUUCGUUCGCGCACACCACUGCCCUCCAGGGCAACAAUCUCCCUUGGACCCGGCCAACCAGCCCAAGACGGGCGAACAGCCCGCGUACGGUCCCAUAGGCGUGGCAGCAGCGCUGCACCACUCGCCGAACGACCCCGCGCCGACUCCCACGCUCUUCCGGCACGAGUUCUCGCUCGCGGACCGCGUCGCGCUCGUCUCGGGCGGGAACCGCGGACUCGGGCUCGAGAUGGCGCUCGGGCUCGUCGAGGCGGGCGCGCGCGCCGUAUACUGCGUCGACCUGCCGCGGGAGCCCUCGGACGAGUGGCAGCAGGUGCGCGCGUACGCGGCGCGCAUGGCGGACACGGGCGGCGAGGGCCGGCUCGAGUACGUCUCCGGAGACGUCACGGACCAGGAGGCGAUGUGGAAGAUCGGACAGGAUAUAGGCGACAGGGAGGGCCGCAUGGACGCGUGCAUUGCUGCUGCGGGCGUCCUCAAGUCUCACACGGACUGUCUCGAGUACCCCGCGUCGCAAUUUCGGGAGGUGAUGGACGUCAACGUGAACGGCGUUCUGUUUACUGCGCAAGCGGCCGGACGACAGAUGGCGCGUUUUGGAAAUGGAGGCAGCAUAGUCCUCAUCGCGAGCAUGAGCGGUUCCAUCACGAACAAGGAUCAUGCUUGGGUGUCAUACAACACGUCGAAAUCAGCGGUUCUGCAGAUGGCGCGCAGCAUGGCAUGUGAACUGGGCCCGAAGCGGAUCCGGGUGAACACACUCAGCCCUGGACACAUUUACACCAACAUGACCGCAGCAUACCUCGACACGCAGCCUCAUCUGCUGGGGAAAUGGGCGGGCCUGAAUCCGAUGGGCCGAAUCGGACGGCCAGACGAGCUUCGCGGCGUCGUCACUUGGCUGACGAGCGACGCGAGCACGUUCGUUGGUUACACGCGCAGCAUCCUAGUCAGCGGCGGACAUCAUUCAUGGUGAUGCGUGUUCCAAGAACAGUUUUGAAUCGUGUACCAAUAUUUCCAUUUACUGCCGAGACCAGACGAUGGCUCUCGGAGCGUAGCGUCUUCUGGGACAGUUGUCACCGACUCGUGUGCCGUCGUCGUUGAGAUGCUGCUGCGGCGGCGGAAUGGCCGCGUCAAGUGGCAACAGUCAAGGACAGUUACGAUGAGACGGUGCCGAGUAGUGCCUG